AUGACUGAAAAGAGGGAAUGGGAUUACUUACUCAAGUUUCUUCUUAUUGGGGACUCGAGUGUAGGAAAGACGUCUCUUCUGUUAAGGUACACAGAUAAUACAUUCAGUGAUGCGUUCAUAGCGACGAUUGGCGUUGAUUUUAAAGUUAAAAAAAUGGAGUUAAAUGGGAAGAAGUUGAAGAUUCAAGUUGUUUCUGGACAGGAAAAGUUCCAUACGAUCACGCAGUCGUAUUAUCGAGGAUCAAAUGGGGUGAUAGUUGUAUAUGACUGCACUGAUCGCAAGACAUUUGAGAACUGCAAGUCGUGGCUUGACGAGAGUGCUGCUGAAAUAUCGAAGUCAGCUGUGAGGUUGCUAGUUGGGAACAAGUGUGACAUGCAAAAGACUGUUUCAACGGAAGACGGGGCUGACUUUGCCAAGUCACAGGACAUCAGUUUUAUGGAGGUCAGUGCGAAGAACAAUACCAAUGUGCAAGAAGCGUUUGUCUUUAUAAUAACAGAAGUACUCAAAAGACUCGAAACUGAAGGCGCGAAUGAAAAGCAGAGCGACAUCGACUUGAAAAAGGGGAAAGGAAGUGAUAGGAAGAAGAGCCAAAAAGAGAAGUGCUACUUGUUGUGA